GAUGUUCAUUUGGUCAAUUUUAGAUGCAUUGUAGUCAAGACCAAAAUGCGGAAGGAGAGGGUUUUUCCCUUGGCAAUUAGUCCACGGCUCCACGGUGUGAUGUCACGGAUUCACUGUAUGGGAGAAAUCCCCGUGCGUCCUUCUUCGUCCUCCUCCCCUCCCCUCUUGUUCGUUCUUUCUCUGAUUUCUCCCCCAAUUUCGUCCCGUCCCAGUCUCAAAUUCCCCGUUCUUCUCUCCCUCGCAAUCUAUUGUGCGCCAUCAUCGGCGACCUCGUCGCCGGCGGCCGGAUACACUAAGCCAGGUCCCUUUCCGCCGAAAUCUUCUCUCGGCGAGAGCAGUCGCGCUCCUGCUCCUCGCCCCCUCUGCUGGUACUGGACUUAGCGUGGAGUGGAGAUCCAUCCGGGCAUAGUUUGAUUUCUUCGUUUUGGUCUGGAGCAUGCAGUUAACUCUGACCUGUUGGUUAUUUUGGUAAAAGUUGCGGCUCUGGCCUUUGGGCGACUUAUGCGACUACUGCAGGCAGGCUUAUCAUCCUGUCAUAAGGAAACUGAAAAAGAGACAAAAAAACAAUUUGUUGUCUCAUUCUUAGAAGCUGGCGAGAACCCGGCAUGGCAGAUGCUAGUUCGAGGACUGGCACCUCGACUGUUGUAGACACUGACGAUAAGAAUCUAAGGAUGAUUGUACAAGUCCUCAACUUCACUCUGUAGAACAUCUAAUGGUGAAGGUCUUGCUGAAAUACAUUUAGAAAACGGACAGAGGGCAGCUGUCAUGGCUUCUAAUUCAUCUGAUCGGUCUGACAGAUCUGACAAGCCUACGGAUCAAAAGGUCUUAAGGCGGCUUGCCCAAAAUCGUGAGGCAGCAAGAAAAAGUCGGCUGAGAAAAAAGGCAUAUGUGCAGCAGCUAGAGAGCAGUAAGCUAAAACUUGCCAGCCUAGAGCAAGAGCUCCAGAAAGCUCGACAACAGGGAAUCUUCAUUUCUAGCUCUGGAGAUCAAACUCAUGCUAUGAGUGGAAAUGGAGCUCUGACAUUUGAUUUAGAAUAUGCUCGAUGGCAAGAGGAGCAAAACAAGCAGAUAAAUGAGCUGAGGACUGCAAUAAAUGCUCAUGCAAGUGAUAGCAACCUCCGUCUUAUCGUAGAUGGGAUAAUGGCACAUUAUGAUGAGAUAUUCAGGCAAAAGGGUGUUGCUGCGAAGGCUGAUGUGUUUCAUAUACUUUCAGGCAUGUGGAAAACACCUGCUGAAAGGUGCUUCUUGUGGCUUGGGGGUUUCCGUUCGUCUGAGCUUCUGAAGCUCCUUGCAAAUCAGCUUGAGCCUCUAACUGAGCAGCAGUUGUUGGGGCUGUCCAAUCUCCAGCAAUCCUCCCAGCAGGCUGAGGAUGCAUUGUCACAAGGAAUGGAGGCAUUGCAGCAAUCCUUGGCAGAAACGUUGGCUGGGUCCCUUGGUCCAUCAGGGUCUUCUGGGAACGUGGCAAACUAUAUGGGUCAAAUGGCUAUGGCCAUGGGCAAACUUGGCACCCUUGAGAAUUUCCUUCGUCAGGCUGACAAUCUACGACAGCAGACCUUGCAUCAAAUGCAACGAAUUCUGACAAUCCGACAAGCUGCUAAGGCACUCCUUGCAAUUCAUGACUACUUUUCACGUUUGCGUGCCCUGAGCUCUCUUUGGCUUGCAAGGCCACGGGAGUAACAUCGGUGUUUGUGUGGCUCCAUGAACUGAUCUGUGAAUGUGGGACUGCUGUGGUUGCAAACAUGCCCGUGCAUUUGCAGAUGACUGGAGGUUCAGUCCUCCCUGUACAAGUUGUAUUGACAUCUUCUGGUCUCAGAUUGUGCUUCAAUGUUGUACAAGUAGGGUAAAGCUUGUAACGUGUAAGUUGUCAUGAAUUUAUGAUUGACAUAUUGUACAAUUGUAUUAGCAAUAAAAAAUAGAGUACAUAAAGGUUUGAAUAA